AUGGUCAAGAACGGGGCCCUCAUUUACACCGCCCACCCCGAGAAGAACAUCGAUCCCGCGAUGCACACGCGAUAUGUCGAGGGAGAGAUCGACCUCGACAAGGUACCGCUCAAUGGUGGGGUCCUGCUCAAGACGUUCUACUUGAGUAGCGACCCAUACAUCCGCUACCGCAUGCGGGAGCCGCACCUUGCGUCUUUUGUCCCGACCCUUUCUGGGAUCGACAAUUUUGGCGUUGGGCAGGUUCUGAGGAGCGAGGACCCGAAGUUCGAGCCCGGAAAUUACGUCACUGGGUAUCUCGAGUUCUCUGAGUACUCUGUGUACCCUGGCAAGAUCAUUCACGGCUUCAAGGAACCGCUCGCGAAGAUUGAAAAGCUUCCCGGCAUCCCGCUGUCGAUCUACAUAGGCACUUUGGGCAUGCCCGGCACGACAGCUUACCAAGCGCUGAAGUACUUUGGCGCUGAAAAGUUAAAGACGGCUAAGACUAUGUUCGUCUCCGGAGCAGCGGGUCCUGUCGGCACAUUUGUCAUCGAAUAUUCCAAGGUCCUUGCACCUCAUCUCAAGGUCAUCGCAUCCGCGGGAUCGGCGGUCAAGGUCAAAAUCAUGAAGGACGUCGGCGCAGACAUUGCCUUCAACUACAAAGAGCAAGAUACGGCCAAGGUCCUGGAGGAUCAUGGCCCUAUUGACAUCUACUGGGACAAUGUUGCUGGACCGACGCUUGAUGCAGCACUCAGGAACUUCAACAACAAUGGUUUAAUUAUCGCUUGCGGUGCGAUCAGCCAAGCCAACCACGAUGACGCAAGCGUCGUCCGUAACUUCGACCAGAUCUUCCAGCGCAGUCUCACCGUGCGUGGCUUCAUCACCGGUCAGGGUGAAUCCGCUGCCGUUGUGCCGAAGUUCUACGAGGAGGUUGUCCCGCUCGUCCUUCAGAAUAAGAUCACGAGCCGCGAGCAUAAGUCCCAUGGUCUCGUGGAGGCGGGCAAGGCCCUAGCAGAGGUGCAUGUGGGUGCAAACGCCGGGAAGGCGGUGAUUGUUGUCGCUGACGAGUAGACUUACUGUUGACUGCGAACGUUCAUUGUAAGAUCAAUGUACAACAAUUGCAACAUCAGUCAGU